AUGCAGCAGCGGGACAGAAAGUGCCGAAAAGUCCCACAGGGAAAUAGUUACUCGCCGAUUUGUUUAAACGAACUCAGUCUCCGACGCUCCUCUUUGCUGAUUUGCGCAAGUUCCCCGGGCAGUGGAAGCACUUUGUCUUCACUCGGCCACCGUCCGCGGGGCGGUAGGGAGUAUUUUGUCCUCCUGCCGCCGCCGUCCGGGUUAUUAGUCACCGAGUUCCAGGCCGCCGGAGCGUGGGGCUUGCGGGCGCUGGCUGGUGUUGCCGGCACCAUGGAGUCCCCUCUUAGCCCGGGCCUCUCUCACCGAGCCGAUGAGGACUGGGAUUCUACACUGUUUGCUGAACUUGGCUAUUUCACAGACACUGAUGACCUGCAAUUGGAUGCAGCAAAGGAAACUUAUGAAAACAAUUUUGAUAAUCUUGAUUUUGACUUGGAUUUGAUGCCUUGGGAAACAGGCAUUUGGGACAUCAACAACCAGCUCUGUACAGUUAAAGAUGUUAAGGCAGAACCUCAGCCACUUUCUCCAGCCUCCUCAAGUUGUUCAGUCUCCUCUCCUCAGUCAGUGGACUCUUACUCUUCAACUCAGCAUGUUCCUGAGGAGUUGGAUUUGUCGUCUGCUUCCCAGAUGUCUCCCCUUUCCUUAUAUGGUGAAAGCUCUCAUAGUCCCUCCUCAGCAGAGGCACUGAAAGAAGAUAAGCCCAUCAUUGGUCCUAGGAGCAAAACUGAAAAUGGACUGACUCCAAAGAAAAAAAUUCAGAUGAAUUCAAAACCUUCAAUUCAGCCCAAGCCAUUAUUGCUUCCAGCAGCACCCAAGACUCAGACAAAUUCUGGCAUUCCAGCGAAAACCAUCAUUAUUCAGACACUACCCACCCUUAUGCCGUUGGCAAAGCAGCAGCCGAUUAUCAGCAUACAUCCUGCACCCGCUAAAGGUCCGACCGUCAUGCUUUCUCAGCCUGCCGUUGUACAACUUCAGGCUCCUGGAGUUCUGCCCUCUUCUGCUCCAGUCCUUGCUGUCGCUGGGGGAGCCACACAGCUACCUAAUCACAUGGUGAAUGUGGUACCGGCCCCUGUGGCAAACAGCCCAGUGAAUGGAAAACUGUCAGUGACUAAACCUGUUCUACAAAGUACCAUGAGAAGCGUGGGCUUGGACAUUGCCGUGCUACGGAGACAGCAACGUAUGAUAAAAAAUCGAGAGUCUGCUUGUCAGUCCCGCAAGAAGAAGAAAGAAUAUAUGCUUGGCUUAGAGGCCAGGUUAAAGGCUGCGCUUUCGGAGAAUGAGAAGCUAAAGAAAGAGAAUGGAUCACUGAAGCGACAGCUGGAUGAAGUCGUGUCAGAGAACCAGAGGCUUAAAGUUCCUAAUCCGAAGCGAAGAGCUAUUUGUGUGAUGGUAGUCCUGGCAUUUAUAGUACUCAGCUAUGGACCCAUGAGCAUGUUGGAACAGGAUUCCAGGAGAAAGAAUCCUAGUGUGAACCCUGCAAAUCAAAGGAGGCAUCUUCUAGAAUUUUCUGCUAAAGAGGUGGAAGAUACGUCAGAUGGUAUCAUCCAGAAAAACAGCUACAGAUAUGAUCAUUCUGUUUCAAAUGACAAGGCCCUCAUGGUGCUAAGUGAAGAACCAUUACUCUAUAUUCCUCCACCUCCUUGUCAGCCCCUGAUUAACACCACAGAAUCUCUCAGGUUAAAUCAUGAACUUCGAGGAUGGGUUCACAGGCAUGAAGUGGAAAGGACCAAGUCAAGAAGAAUGACGAAUAAUCAGCAGAAAACCCGUAUUCUUCAGGGUGCUCUGGAACAAGGUUCCAAUUCUCAGCUCAUGGCUGUCCAAUACACAGAAACCACUAGUAUCAGCAGGAACUCGGGGAGUGAGCUCCAAGUGUAUUAUGCAUCACCCAGAAGUUAUCAAGACUUCUUUGAGGCCAUCCGUAGAAGGGGAGACACGUUCUAUGUUGUGUCAUUUCGAAGGGAUCACCUGCUGCUACCGGCCACGACCCACAACAAGACCUCAAGACCAAAGAUGUCAAUAGUAUUACCAGCGAUAAACAUAAAUGAGAACGUGAUCAAUGGGCAGGAUUAUGAAGUGAUGAUGCAGAUUGACUGUCAGGUGAUGGACACCCGGAUCCUCCACAUCAAGAGCUCGUCAGUUCCCCCUUAUCUCCGAGAUCAGCAGAGGAAUCAAAGCAACACCUUCUUCGGCUCCCCGCCAGCAGCCCCGGAGGCAGCCCACGUUGUCCGCACCAUCCCGGAGUCAUUACAAUAGCCUCUGAGGCUGCGCCAGAAAACACGGUGGGACCCUGCCCCCGCCGCGCUGGAGAGCAGGGGAGAGACCUGUUCCUGUCCGCUCUCUUGGUGGCAGGCCGAGAGCUGCCUCGCAGUAGGGUUCCAGGGGUAGCAAGAGAAGUUGUUUUUCACCGUCUGCCCUUCUACUGGGAAAGCACUGAUGCUCAGACACAAGGGCAGUGGCCUUUCUCCCACGGCAAAUGUUGCCUGCAUCCUCCUUGCUGCCUGGUGUCGAAUUUUUUAUGUACCUUCCUAAAUUGCUUUUCCUCCUGUAUUUCUUUUGUGUUUAAAUAGUCCUCUUUAAAAUAAGAUCUUCUUCCCUUCUCUGCCAUUUCACUUAUUGAUAGAGAUUUUUAUUUAUAGCUGUACAGCACACCGAUGUUUCCAGUAAUUAGAGUUUUUAUUAAUUUAAUGCAAAUCCAUUCUGGAUAUUGUGCUUAUUGGAAACAGAUUUCAAAACCAGAACAGCCAAAAACGUCCCCCAAAAGGGUCAAGACAAUUGAGGGCUUUAGGUAAAAGGGAGAAAUCCCAACUGGGUAAAGUUGGUCCUCACCCGGGAAUUGUGGCUCCCGCCUGAGCCGGUGUGUGCGUAACUGUCUGGGACACCGGCGCAGGGCAAUGGGGUGGAGAGACUGUCAGGGAAGAGCAGGGUCCACGUGGGCCAAGGGAGGAGGAGCCAGCUCUGUUAACACACGUUUCAAACACUGCAGGUUUUGAUGUGACUGGAGUUAAAAUGGAAGCCACAGCAACCUUUUAUUCUGAGGCCACUGAGUGUUAGCAUAUGUGCUUAUAUGUUCUCUGUACUCAUCUGGUGCAGGUCCGCAAGGACCCUGGGACAAAUCCUUCAGCUUUACUGUGAAUCCCCACCCACGACACACCUUCUACUAGUAUGACGAUACUGAAUUCGGCUAAGGAACACGCAGGGUGAUGUUAAGCAAACGAGUUUUUCUCAUGAGAAUUGGCAGGUAUUUAUUCCUUAAGACUCUGCAGACAGGCCAGCUUGGAUUCCUGUUCAGGGAGUGCAUUCCACAAUCCAGCAAUAAUUUUCAGUUUCUCCAGUGAAUAGACAGUGAAGGAAUUAACUUUUUUGUCCUCCCGUGGUAAAAAAAAAAAAAAAAGAAAAGAAAGAAAGAAAAAAUAGCCCUACUGUGUUCCCUCAUAUCUUACUGUACUUUGACUACUUUUUCUCCUCUCUGGUGUUCUGCCUUCGGUUUCUAAAGUGAGUCUUCCUGUUCUCCUAUGCAACUUCGCACUUUCUCGCUAGAACUCGUUCUGCAGACACGGCUUCUUCCCCUAAUCCACUUGCCUGGGUCGGUGUUCUUCCCUUCCAGUCCCCGCUCCGGCCUCCCACUGCUCUGAGUCGGAGGAGGAAGGACUGUGGGUGUGAGUCCCGUGGGGUGUCCUGCGGCCUGCCCCCUCCUGCCCGCAAGGGUCGGCCUGGCUUCUGAAUAAUUCUGAACAAUCACUCAGGCUUCCACCUCUGGACAGUGGCACCUCUGUGCCCAAGCUCCGUUGGAUGUGCUCCGAGGAGAUCCAGGUAACUUCGUGCGGCCGACGGGGCGCUCUGCUGCCCGGGUCCCCAGGAAUCUGGGGUUUGGCGGCAUUAACAAGCCUCGCUCUGCCCCCCACAUGAGCCUGCUACAGCCCCCACUGCGGCUGCUGUCCGGGGCGACGUCCACAUGGGAACCACCUUCCCCGGGGCCGCUCCACCUCUGACGGGCGCCAGGCCCAUGCGGACAAGACCUGCACGUGGCAGGACAGCCUUCUCUCGGGAGUGUCUCCUCCCAUCUUGCACACCAGCCAAGCACGUAGCCGUGGCCCUGGCCAGGGGGCAAGGGGACAUGGCCGUUCCCAAGCUGCUAGUCCGCCCGAGCUGUCACCACUGUCACCGCGGCCGCGGGCACGGCCUUACAGACGGUGCUUCCUCUCCCGUGCGUGGACCCUCACCCACAGGCCAACCGCCCGCUUCUCGCCCUGUGCUCAGCCUUCACCCUCCACCCCAGCUUCCCUGACCGCUCCGACCAACCGUGGCAGUCAUGUCGCGUCAGCCCACCUGGAUGCCUCUCCUGCAGGUGGGGAUGCAGGUGCCAACAGCAAGGAGUCCUGACCGCCCACGGCAGCCGGGGGCCACGCCCACGCUCCCCCUGGUUUCACUCCUCAGGGUGAAGUCUCAGGAAGGGAGGGAGUGACAACCACGAGGCAGUGAUCUCCUUUUGUAAUUACUGUCAAAGCUCUUACGAAUUCCUGGGCCCCACAGCGGUUCUGACGUAACCUCUGUGCUGCCUGUGUUGGGCAAGAGAAAGUGGCUAUGCCUGAUGAAUAAAUUAAGCUGCUGUUUGGGUUUAGUUUUAGGUUGAAAUCGCCUUUUGGGGAUUGCAGCCAGGAAUGAUGGGGGCUAUGCAUCUAAAUUUAUUAACUUUAUAUUAAGUGGGAUUUUGCAAGUUUGUGGGAUAAUUAGAUAAACUAGAGGAGGCAAGUCCACCCAUGGGGUAGGGGACUCUCUUCCCUUUGUCCCCCACCCCUCCUCCCCCAGGAAGUGGCGGCGGGCCUGGCUGGGACCGGUUCUCCCACCUGCUUGCAAGCCCCACGUGUGGAGGCUUCAUGGCAGCGGAUGGUUCCUCGUAUUAACUACUGAGUCAGGCGUCGGGACCCCCCAGCACAGGGUUAGCCCCCCCAGCAGAACACACAGCUCCAUCAGCCUGGUAGUGUAAACGGUCUCUUUCCAAAGUUGGGAUUUGUAAAGGGAUCAUCUUGAAUCAAAAGUUUGCCAUGCUUGUCAUUUAGAAGCUUUCCAUUACAUUACUGGGUGAGGUUUAUCUUUUCACAAGUGAAAAAACAAACUGUAAUUAUGAAAUCUCAGAGCAUCUUCGAACUUUUUCCUAAAGGACUAUAGGCUCCAGCACCAAGCUGACACGUCUUUGCCUUUUCUUGUGAGCAAGAAGUAGACACAGAGGUAUUUGAAAGCAGCAAUGUUAUGAGUCAUUCUUGAGUGUUCUGAAUAAACAUUACUUAGAAACAGACAAGCAACUUGGGAUUCAAACUGAUGUUUCUGUCCUUUUUAAAGAGACACUGUCCCGACCAACCUUCCUGGCCUGACUCUCUGACCCCGGGCAUGAGCCCCCGUCAGCAGUGACCCUGAUGAGACGCCGUGGCUGCGGCCUUUGGGGUGAUGGAAACCGUACCCCUCUCCAGCUCCUUGCAACAUUUGCACUACUUUCUGGCUCUUGCCCUCUCACUCAGCUCGGGUUGUGAAACUUGGCAGAAAAAUAGCACAAGGAAAAACCCAUAUUUGACUUUCAAACACUGAAAAGUUUCCAAGCGACUUCUACUCUCAGCUACCUAGGAGAAGUCACCCCUUUUUACCGACGAGCCAGUCAGACCCCACGUCCACUGCAGCCUGACCUCAUGGACGCUUUUCCACCCAGAGAAGCCUGGUCCACUGCACCCCCAUGGGCAGCAGAGUCCAAGGAACUGAAGUUUGAAUGAAGCCUUUCAUCCCAUUGGCUGUUUCAAGUGCAUUAACCUCCCAAGAUUGUGUAAUGCUAGAAUUGACAGAUGCUUAUCACCACCUCUGGACCCCACAUUUUUACCAGAAUGUUAUUUAUGUCCCUCCUGAGUCAUUGUAAUUUGGAGAAAUUAGGAUCUUUGCUGCUAAUAUGAGCACUAAUUAUAUUCAUACCUUAAAAACAAGAAUAAAGCCUAAACAAAGUAAAUGUGAGAAGUUUUCAUUCCCACCCCUAGUCACAUUUGGGAGGGGACAACUUCUGUGUCCCCCACCCCUAGGGGUUGUGGUCGAUUUUUAAUUUUCUAGGAAGACAGAAUACUGGACUACCCAAACAGAUGUUGCUCGAGCCCCCCAUGGAACUAUGCAUGUAAAAGCCGUUUUCUCCUACCUGAAAACAGAAAUCAGAGUGUAGCCUGUUAUUUUUAGUGACUAAGCUUAAAACAGAGUUUAUUUUAGAUAAGUCUAGAGCUUUGAGCAGAUUGUUCUAAUGGUUGUGUUAUCUGUCAGGUUAUGAAAAGAAUGACAAAAGCAUCUUGAUCAGGAAAUUUGGUCCUGUGCAUGAAUCAUGUCAUGGCUAGCCACUGCCAAAUAGUGGCCCUGGUCUCGACAUAAUGGUUUUCUGACUUAAGCAUUAGAGGUAUAGCACAUUAAGAGAAUUAUAUUAGUUUGGGGAACCGAGAAGUAAAUAAAUCAUAGUUUAUCAUUUGCCAAGGUCAGCA